CUUUUGUUUCCAGGAGGGAGGUGCCAUGGAAAAGCCAUGUUCAGAGAGGGGGAAGACGUGAGGAAAAAAACCCCAUUUGAAGGGAUUUCUGCGGCUCUGGCGCCCUCAUCUUCUCUACAUCCGUUAUGCAAGACGCAGCAACACCUAUUGUGAAAGAAAAGCCUUGAGCAGAGGAGAAAACUGUGGAGAAAGACGCGGGCCAGCGGGAAGAGGAGGACAUUUGACAGAUUAAAAGGGGGAGCGCUGCAGCAGGAUUCCCACUGUGCUGGACACAGGACUGCGUGACAGGUCGGUGCAAGCACGGGGAGAGAGGGAGGAGAGAGGAGAGAAGGGAGGAAGGUGGAAAGAAGGGGGAGGGGAGGCAAUUCAGCGCAGUGCAAGCUGACUGGAUGGGUGGCAGCCGCGGCACAGGCACCAGCAUCAGCACCACUAGCUGUAGCAUCUUGUAGUGUGGCUGCUGGAGGCUGCCUUGUGGCUGCCGUAGCAACAUCAACAUCACCCACACACACACACACACACACACACACACUCACUCAAAUAUCUGGACACAGACGUUCCCAGCGCUCGCCUCACGCACACACAUGUCGUGGUGGCCACCAGAGAGUCGGCAGUAAGUGACGGGGCUUGGGGGACAGAGGGACACGAGGAGGAGGCAACGGGGACGACUGGAGGUAGUGCAAAGAAGAGGAGGGCUGGAGCGACGGCGACCAGAGCAGCAGCAGCAGCAGCAGCAGCAGCAGCAGUAGCAGCGGCACCAUGGCGCAAGCCGCUAAGCAGCUCCGCAAGACCAAGGACCUCGCAGAGGCCGCCGCCCAGGAGCAGAGGGAGAAGGAGGAGGAGAAGAUAAAAAAGAGGAAUCGAUCCAGGGACCGCAGGCGCAAGGCUGAUGCGUCCACCAGCUUCCUGCGCGCAGCUCGUUCAGGGAACCUGGACAAGGCUCUGGAUCACAUCAAGAACGGACUCAACAUCAACAUAGCCAAUCAAAAUGGUCUCAACGGGUUACACCUGGCCUCGAAAGAAGGUCACGUCAAGAUGGUUCUGGAGCUGCUACACGCUGGCAUUGAGCUGGAAGCCACCACCAAGAAAGGGAACACUGCUCUCCAUAUCGCUGCACUGGCGGGGCAGGAGAAAGUGGUGGCUGAGCUCGUCAACUACGGUGCCAACGUUAAUGCCCAGUCACACAAAGGGUUCAGUCCUCUCUACAUGGCAGCGCAGGAGAAUCACUUAGAGGUGGUCAAGUUCCUGCUCGAGAACGGAGCCAAUCAGAGUCUCCCAACCGAGGAUGGCUUCACUCCGCUGGCCGUAGCCCUGCAGCAGGGCCAUGAAAACGUCGUGGCGCUGCUCAUCAACUACGGCACCAAGGGCAAGGUCCGCCUCCCCGCACUGCACAUCGCCGCGCGGAACGACGACACGCGGACCGCCGCAGUGCUCCUGCAGAACGAUCCGAACGCCGAUGUACUCAGCAAGACUGGUUUCACGCCUCUCCACAUCGCAGCCCACUAUGAGAACAUGAGCGUAGCCCAGUUGCUGCUGAACAGAGGAGCCAAUGUAAACUUCACGCCCAAGAAUGGCAUCACGCCCCUUCACAUAGCUUCCAGGAGGGGAAAUGUGAUGAUGGUCAGACUACUGCUGGACAGAGGAGCGCAGAUUGAUGCCGUAACAAAGGAUGAGCUGACUCCUCUGCACUGUGCUGCCAGGAAUGGCCAUGUCCGCAUUAUUGAGCUCCUGCUGGAACACGGUGCUCCCAUCCAGGCUAAAACCAAGAACGGUCUGUCCCCCAUCCACAUGUCGGCUCAGGGGGACCACAUGGACUGCGUCAGGCAGCUACUGCAAUACAACGCGGAGAUCGACGACAUCACGCUGGACCAUUUAACCCCCCUUCAUGUAGCAGCCCACUGUGGUCACCACCGCAUGGCCAAAGUCCUUCUGGACAAAGGGGCCAAAGCCAAUGCACGCGCUCUGAACGGCUUCACACCUCUCCACAUCGCUUGCAAGAAGAACCACAUGCGCUCCAUGGACCUGCUGCUCAAGCACUCGGCCUCCUUAGAGGCUGUCACAGAGUCUGGUCUCACUCCUCUUCAUGUAGCAUCCUUCAUGGGACAUCUGAACAUAGUGAAGAACCUGCUCCAAAGAGGGGCUUCGCCCAAUGCUUCCAAUGUGAAAGUGGAGACUCCCCUCCACAUGGCCUCCAGAGCAGGACACUGUGAAGUUGCUCAGUUCCUUCUGCAGAAUUCCGCGCAAGUGGAUGCCAGGGCUAAGGACGACCAGACGCCUCUACACUGUGCAGCCCGCAUGGGCCACAAGGAGCUUGUCAAGCUGCUCCUCGAGCACAAGGCCGACCCCGACUCGGCCACGACUGCGGGCCACACCCCUUUACACAUCGCCGCACGUGAGGGACACGUGCACAUCAUUAGAAUACUGCUGGACACCGGAGCACAGCAAAUCAAGAUGACGAAGCAGAAGGGCUUCACUCCCCUCCAUGUGGCCUCCAAGUAUGGAAAGGUGGACGUGGCAGAACUACUUUUGGAGAGAGGAGCCAACCCAAACGCAGCUGGGAAGAACGGUCUGGCACCCCUUCAUGUGGCCGUCCAUCACAACAACCUGGACGUUGUUAGACUUCUCGUCAGCAAGGGAGGAUCUGCACACAGCACAGCUCGAAACGGCUACACUCCCCUGCACAUAGCAGCCAAGCAGAACCAGAUGGAGGUGGCCAGUUGUCUUCUGCAGAAUGGGGCCUCGCCCAAUGCCGAGUCCCUCCAGGGCAUCACGCCCCUGCACCUGGCUUCACAGGAGGGACGGCCGGACAUCGUGGCUCUGCUCAUUUCCAAACAGGCCAACGUGAAUCUGGGAAACAAGAAUGGACUGACCCCUCUGCAUCUUGUAGCUCAGGAGGGUCACGUGGGCAUCUCUGACACGCUGGUCAAACAGGGAGCUUCCGUUUACGCUGCUUCGCGGAUGGGAUACACGCCCCUUCAUGUGGCGUGUCACUAUGGCAACAUUAAGAUGGUGAAGUUCCUUCUGCAGCAGCAGGCUCAUGUGAACAGCAAGACGAGGAUGGGCUACACCCCUCUACACCAGGCAGCCCAGCAGGGCCACACUGACAUCGUCACCCUGUUGUUGAAAAACGGAGCCGAGCCCAAUGAGAUCACUUCGAAUGGCACGUCUCCCCUGGGCAUCGCGAAGCGUCUGGGUUACAUCUCUGUCAUUGACGUGCUGAAGCUGGUUACCGAGGAGUCCGUCUCUGCGAUCACUACAGAGAAGCAUCGGAUGAGUUUUCCCGAGACUGUGGAUGAGAUCUUGGAUGUUUCAGAGGAUGAAGGGGUUGCCCAGCUAACGUUAGGAGACGAGCUGCUCGGGAUGGACGGGGCGCGCUACUUAAAGCUCGACGACUUCAAGGACCAGGACGACGACUUCCUCUCGCCCAAGAAGUCUCUGAGAGACUUUGAGGGCGGCAUGGGAACCACGCCAUAUUCUCCUGCUAUUCCCAGGAUCCCUUGCGUGUCCCCGGAGACGGUUCUGUUGGAGCACACCCCCAUCCCCCUGCCGAAGGAGUACGACGAAGACUCUCUCAUCCCGAGCAGCCCUGCGACGGAGACCUCAGACAACGUCAGCCCUGUGGCCAGCCCGAUUCACACAGGCUUCCUGGUGAGUUUCAUGGUGGAUGCUCGGGGGGGCUCCAUGCGCGGCAGCAGGCACCACGGCCUGCGGGUCAUCAUUCCUCCUCGGACCUGCGCCGCGCCGACACGCAUCACCUGCCGUCUGGUCAAACCACAGAAGCUGACCACGCCUCCUCCGCUGGUGGAAGGGGAGGGGCUCGCCAGCCGCAUCAUCUCCCUGGGGCCGUCCAGUAUGCAGUUCCUUGGGCCUGUGAUCGUGGAAAUCCCGCACUUUGCCUCGCUGGGCCGAGGCGACCGGGAGCUUGUGGUCCUCCGCAGCGAAAACGGCUCGGUCUGGAAGGAGCAUCGCAAUCGCUAUGGCGACGAAGUGUUGGAAACUAUUCUGAACGGCAUGGACGAAGACCUUGAGAGUCACGAUGAGCUGGAGAAGAAGAGAAUCCGUCGGAUCAUCUCCACCGACUUCCCCCUCUACUUUGCCGUGGUCUCCCGCAUCCAGCAGGAGAGCGACCUGAUCGGCCCGGAGGGCGGCCGGCUGACCACCAAGCUGGUGCCCCACGUGGAGGCCAUCUUCCCCGAGACGGCCGUCACCAAGAGAGUGCGACUGGGACUGCAGGCGCAGCCAAUCCCCGACGAACUGCUGACCCAACAGCUCGGCAACCAGGCGACCUUCAGCCCAGUGGUCACCAUCGAACCACGCCGACGCAAAUUCCACCGUCCAAUCGGACUGCGCAUCCCACUGCCGCCAUCCUGGAGGGAGAGUGUUCGGGAUGCUGGGGAGGGCGACACCACCAGCUUGCGCCUCCUCUGUAGCGUCAUUGGUGGAACAGCACCAGCUCAGUGGGAAGACAUCACUGGAACCACGAAGCUGAUGUACGCACAUAACUGUGCCAACUUUACCACCAAUGUCUCCGCAAGAUUCUGGCUGGCAGACUGUCCGCGCACCGCAGAGGCCGUGACCUUUGCCAACCUGCUGUACCGGGAGCUAAUGUCCGUGCCGUACAUGGCCAAGUUUGUCAUUUUCGCCAAGAUGAACGAGGCGCGCGAGGGACGCUUGCGCUGCUACUGCAUGACCGACGACAAGAUGGACAAGACGCUGGAGCUGCACGAAAACUUCACCGAAGUGGCCCGCAGCCGAGACAUUGAGCUGAUGGAGGGCAUGCCGCUGCACCUGGAGUGCUCCGGGAACCUCGUGCCCGUCCGGAAGGCCACGCAGCAGCCGCGCAGCUUCAGCUUCCAGGCCUUCAGAGACAACAGACUCCCCGUCUCUGUCAAGGUCAGAGAUAGCAACAAGGAGGCCGCCGGCUUCUUGUCAUUUCUCCGGAAGUGCACCAAGUACGAGGACGCGCAGCACGUGCUGUGCAACCUGAACAUUACCAUGCCGCCUUGUGUCAAGGUCGUUGGGAGUGAAGAGCGCAGGAGAACUUUGACCCCCCUCGCCCUGAGGGAGCGCUACAGUGCUCUGAACGAGCCUGGUGUGGCCACGGUGAAUGCCAUGGAGAGGACCGAGAUCAAAAUCAACAUCAUAUCUGAACAGCUGGGUUUGAGUUGGGCAGAGUUGGCGCGGGAGCUUCAGUUUGGCGUGGACGACAUCAACAGGAUCCGUGUGGAGAAUCCCAACUCCCUGCUGGACCAGAGCUCCGCCCUGCUCAACCUGUGGGCCGGCCGAGAAGGCAAAAGGGCCAAGAUGGAGAGCCUGUACACCGCCCUGAAGAACAUCGACCGUGCAGACAUCGUGACGUCCCUGGAGAGUCAGGCUCCGGCGCCGGCCCCCUGUUCUUUGGAGGAGGGGGCCUGUCGACUCGGCGACCGCGACUCGACCCUCCUGUCCCCCAGCGUCCUCAAUGAGAUCACGGACACAAGGCCGUCGCGCCUAGUGCACAAGCCUCGAGUUAUUAGACCCCCGUUUUUCAGAAGGGGUUACGGGCUGGUGCAGGAGGAGCUUCUGUCCCCGGCCUCCAUGAUGUACAGCCUGCCCUCUCCGCUGGGCAUGGAGCCCUACUGGCAAGAAGUGUCCAGCCUCGAGUGUGCCCCCAUCGCCACCACAGAGGAGGACACGUUGAUGGAGAUGUCAGACGUUCAAGUGUGGCCAGCAGGGGUCAGCCCCUCGCUGGUCACGGUGGAGGACUCGUCGCUAGAGGGCAGCAGUCGCGCCGACGACUCGGAGGGCGCCACGCUCUCCUUACCCUACAGCUUGGGUCGCCCAAGCAGCGGAGCCAGUGGGGCGAGCGGCUCCAUCAUGGAGCUGGGGGAGGAGGAGGAGGAGGAGGAUGAGGAAGGGGAGGUUGAGGAGGAGGAGGUGCCACAGGAGCCAGCGAGUGCACUGGCGGAGAGGGACAGGGUGAGGGCCAGUGGCGCCGUUCCCAAGGUCAACCUGAACGGCCAGCUGGGAGGUCAGAGGUCGGAUGGAAGGAGAGGGGAGGCCAUGGCGGCAGGAGGAGGAGGAGGAGGAGGGGCAAAAGGAGGAGGUGAAGGGCUGGGUUCAGUGGAAGGGAUUUCUGUUGUUGCAGGCCAGCAGGUGUAUGCACAGCGGUGUGAGAUGUCGGUACUGAGUCGGGCCUCCGAGCACAACGGAGACAACCGGGUGGUGGGAGGCGGAGCGUUCCAACCCUAUUUGCCAGACAAGGACUCCCUGCAGGGCUGGGUGGGCUCCGUGUCGUCGUCGGGACGGGACGGCGGCGUGCAGGGCCUCCGCGUGGCCCAGGAGGCUCUGCUGACUCCGGUGUGUGACACGGGUUACUCUCAUGUGCUGCGCGGGCGCCCCCUGCAGGGCCCGCAGCCCUUUGACACAGGGCUGGCCUUCUCUCACCGGGAGGCGGGCCAACAUACUUGGGAACAGGAGCAGAGGCGGGUCCAGAGAGAGGAGAAAGAGGUCUAUGCCGCCGAGCCGCAGUUUGCAAAUGAACACGGAAAGACGCUCACGAGGAAGGUGGGGGCGGUGGAUGUGAGACAGGGUGCUCAGUCAGUGCAGCGCACCAGUCUGCGGAGAGUUAGACACUGAAAAUACACAUUACCACCCGGUCCUCCAGGACAGGAAAGCCACUGCCAAAACAUCCUCCACUAAAAGACAACCAGAGCGCAGGUGGAAAUGAGCGAAGGCACGAGAUGGAAGAAGUUGCAAACUACAAAAACGACAAACGCAAGAAUCAUCCUCGACGUGUGACCAUUGCAGAAUCCCGAGAGAAAAGAAAAAGAAGAGGAGAGAGGAAGAAAAAAAACGAGGCGUUCAACUUGUAGUUUUAUAAGAUUUGUAAAGAAAAAAAAACUAGACUUAAGGCAUGAAUAUUCUUUUCCCUGUUUUUUUUCUACAAAACAAACAUAAAUGUCAAGUGAAAUAACUUAAGAAAGGAGAAAAAAAAAGCAACAAAAAAGUGCUUCCUGUCAAACUGUAAUCGCAUGAUGACUGCUGGUGCAUGCCCUUUGACCUUUUGAACUGUCAUUAUCUACGAACUGGAGGGGGUAACAAGGUACAGGGCCGGCCCCACGCACGGGUCACGGGGGCCAUUGUAAGGACCUAAUUCCCCCCCGACCGGAGCGGUUUGUGUCAGCGGGUUGAGCGAAAUAACUCAAACACAGCCACACACAAAAAAAAGAAAAAAAAAAAGUCCCCCCAUGGAUGGUUCUGUAAAACAGCUAAAGCCUCUACUGAGCCGACCGACCGACGCUUCUCCCACCGGACCCCUCCCCCUCCCCCUGUUACUCUCAAUGUGAUAUAUGCACUCUAUGCUACGUGGACAUGUGUCGGUGUGUGUACGUGUGCGUAUGUGUGUGUGCGUGUAUUCUUCUCUAGCCGCAUGUGCUUCUUGCUUCUGACUUUGGCGCUGAGCCCCCCGGCCCCACGAUUGGCUUAUUGCCCCUUUAUGAUGUCACGGCGCGCUCAGUGCUGGAACGAGAGAGCCGCUGUGCGCCCCCUCCGUCCCUCCCUCCCUCCCCUCCCCUCCCCCUGCUUGUGAGUGACCCCUUGUCUGAUGUCUUUUCCCCCUUUUCGUGGACGAGGCUCGCUUCCUUGCUAGUCGUUUCUUUUGGGGACGUGUCCGACCUCAGUUUUGAGCAUCGCUUGACUUCGGUACGGAACCUCAAUCUCCUUCGUCCUCCCUUGAAACGUGGGUUUCCAGACGACGGGAAUGCUUUCUUUGAUUGUACUGUACAGCAGCUCCACAACACGCAAAGAUCCACUCUUUCCUCCUCCCUCCCGUGACCUUUUUCCGACCUUCUUCCACCUUCCGCCAUCUCUUCCAGUAGCGCACCUCAUUUUUGACCCCACCGUCUUUUAUCAGUAGCCUCAAUCGAUAUGCAGUGAAAUCACAGGCGUCUCCCAUCAGCACCCACGGCUCCUCCUCCAUCUCAUGUUUUAAAGCUUUUCGCUUGCUCCUCAUUUUCUCCGCAACGGCUGUAGCAGCACCUCACUGUCGCGUGUGUUCGUGUGAAACUUGCGUGAAUGACGUGGAGGUGCUCUGAAGGACUCCCAGCAAGUGAUGUGCAACAGCAUCAUGCUGCAACGUGUGAUCGCGAAAGGAACUGUGCAUCAAAGCGCAGACAAGGGAAGCACUGUGAUCGUCUUACUAACUAACACUGACCCCAGACUCGUGAACUGUGAAGACACAAAAACAUAUAUAUACAUACAUAUACAAACAAACAGAAGCACACAUGCAAAUGUACAAACAUUAUAAGAACCACACAUUAUAUGAUUAGAUAAUUAUCGCCUGGUCGGAGUGUCGGGAUAGUUUAACGCCACAGCAAUAAUACUGAACGGACGAGAACACAGAAGAAGAUGGAAGCCGGUGUCUGUGCACAUCUACAGAUUCGAUCCUGAAAGAUUGAAACGACUGUGGAGUCGUCAGUGAAGACAGAAGAUCCCGCCUGGACAAAGACCGUUGCAGUUUGUCACUGGACAGCGGCGCUGCACUGACGCAAGAUCAGAUGACUCGGCUGUUUGCAGUGUGGAAAUGUGGAGGCCUGAGCAGGAGUGUUUUGUUUUGUCAGCACCUAACGUAGCAACAAUGUAUAAACCAGGACAAACUCCAUUUUGUCAUUUAAGUGAUUCACACAUUUAAGAGAAAAAAAAUGUCCACCGGCAUCAAUGUAAACUAUCCUCUCCAUCCCUGCGACACUCACUUUAUGCAGCAACCCGGUGGCAGCGCUACGAAUAUGGGUCACGACACAGUAGCAGAAGUUUUCUGGACAGAAAUCCAAAACACAAUGUGUAAUCCCACAAGUACUGUAAACGCUACUGUAGCCCGAGCGAGUGAGACACCGAGCGAGUGGGCGAAUGAACGCGUCAGUCACACGUUCCGUGAAUGCACAUGUUUUUUCCAUGCCCAUGAGAGCACAUGUAUUAUUACAUAUCACGUGUUUUUUCCACUCAGGUUUUCAGUUCUGCUCGGUCAGAAUCAAGAUGUUGUUGUUUUUUUUUGUUCUGAGUCGUCCUCUCAGAGACGAGUGUGUGGGACACAAAGGGAGAUUUGGGCGGGACAGGGAUGUGCGAGGGGGGGUAUGUAUGAGGAGGGAUGGUUGGAAGAGUGUGUGUGUGUGUGUGUGUGUGUGUGUGUGUGUGUGUGAGAGACUUAUUUGAUUCAAAUACCAAAAUGUACACAGAGUAUUGAGAGAGACACAGAGUAUUGAGAGAGUGGUGAGCAGCCACAUCUCUGUGGCCUGUAAAUGCAACGUUUGUGUGGAGAAGCCUCCGGAACAACAGUGUUCAUCCAAAUUCAUUUUCACCAGUGAUGAACAAAAAAAAAAAAUAAGAACCAAAACGGUAUCAGUGAAUCAUUUCUCCCACUACAAAGAAUCACAGCAAGUUAAAAAGGAAGAACACGUAAUUAAUGUAGUACAAGUCCGCUGCGGUCUUCCAGACGAAACAAAGUUCAAUUGAGUUACCCUUUUUUUUUCUUUUCUUUAUACUCUCCCUUAUUCUCUUCAUCAUUAUUUGAUAAUCUUGAAAAGUCAUAAUCCUUUAGAAUGGUUAAACCCCAUUUUUUAAAAUAUUUUCAAUGGCAUUUUUCUCCAACAACAACAUUUGAAAUAUUUGCUCGCGGAGUUGUCAUCGUGAAGUGUGCCUCACGCACACACGCAAAGGACUGGAGACGUGAUGCAAUGUGCAGGACGAUAUUCAAUCAGUAUGUCGCCGCCUUCUUUAGUCUUCCAAAAAUGAAUCUCACAAGCCUCCGUCCGGUUUGCUUUCACUGAAAAAGCAGUGAUCAAGGUGGUGGCUGCCAUUAAAAACAAAAGUGCCUGAAGAAGGCUUUCAAACUGAUUUCAGACCAAAUAUAUUUCAAUUGUGACACACGAGUAAAUGUGGCUGGGUCUGGAUGAGUUUGGACUCGAGGCCUGAAUAUUACACCUUGAGGAUUAUAACUUUGACUGCGAGUCAUUAAUCCGCCUGCUCAUCUUGCAAAUUAUAAAGACCAGACGUCGAUCUGAUUUUAAGAGAAAUUAUGUAUAAUCUGUUUCGACUUUUACAAAUAGAACUUUGGAUUUGCGGCGUGAAUUACACUAGUCGGUGAGUCUGUGCACUAUGAUAAAUUUAACCUCCACCAUGUUGCUGUUUUAUGGAUGGCAUGUUAGUGUGUGUGUGUGUGUGUGUGUGUGUGUGUGUGUGUGUGUGUGUGUGUGUGUGUGUGUGUGUGUGUGUGUGUGUGUGUGUGUGUGUGUGAUUGUGCUUGGAUUUACUCCUCGUUUGAUCGGGGGUGGGGGGGAGAAGAGAGAGGAUUUUUACCAGGCACAUGACUCGAGAGGACGUGUAACCUACAACCGAUGUAUUUUAAAAAAGAGUAUUGUAAAAUUUUAAACGUCGCGAAGAAUAGAGAAUCACCUAUACUCCUUUAGAAUGGAUACAUGACGAUGUAAACGCAAUAUCAUUAUUACUCUAUCCUAAGGAAUGCAACCGCGCACACAUGCACAGAAAAAAAAGAUGACGUUUGUAUGAAAAUAUAUGUAUAAAUAUAUGAACAAAAUAUAUUUCAUUAGAAUGCUAUGCACCCCUCAUAGAGUUGUUAUGGAUGUUCUUUCAGCAUUAUCUAGACUAGGCCAAUGCCCAUUGCCAUGGGGAAUGUAGAGGCUUCGUAGCUAUGACCACUUGUUUUCUUUUCUUUUGUAUUGUCCCGGAGAGAGAGAGGAGAAACAAUCGUGAAUAUGUAUACAAGCCUUUCGAUCAGAGUCCUUCUGACGUAUGAAGAUAUGUAUAGAUCAUCUUACCCUGUACACCAGCUCAAACCAUUUACAAGAAUUAAUAAAACAAAGAUGUGACAA